GACGUGCAACAAGUGACUUUGACCAACUGAGAGGAGAUGGAGUUUUCGCUCUGUGUCACAGCUGUUUACAGAGCUUGAUCGACAAAUAAACGCAUAUUUUUUGGAUAAACGACUAACAGCGAGAGGAAUUUGGUUGUUUCGUUCAGUGUUCCUGAUGGAGUCUUAUAGAGUUAGCGGCAUUCCAAACACUGGAAUACCGCAAGGCUAUAUGCAGCCUUCCCACUCAAGGGGACAGAGCAAUGGUACUUAUGGACUCAGUAUCAGAGUUCAAGGAAUAGAUGGACACCCCUAUGUGGUCCUCAAUAACCAGGAUAGAGUUCCGAACCCAUAUGCAGUGCCACAAAACAAUAAUGGACAUAUGGAUUCUGAAAGCCCAUUCAAUUAUGAUGAAUAUGAUUUCAAAGGAACCAGGAAGAAUCUUUCUGAAGGUCCAUAUAUGGACUUUAUGUCUCCAAAGCUCCAUGGAGGUCCUCACAAUGGGACUUCUGAUCCUAAGAAGCAGUCCAGUCUUUUAAACUUCCAAAAGCAUCCAGAGAUUCUCAAGCCAUAUGAUCCUGAGAGCAAUACUCUUGAUAGCUUUCAAAGUCUGCCUUCAGUUGAGAAUCAAAAUCCCUACCCAGGAUCCCUACCCAGAGCCAACUCCCCAGUUGUGAGCCAAGCCAGAUCCUCCAGCCAAGUUCCAGAAGCAUCUUUACCAGGGGACAGGGGACACACCCAACCUCAGGUUCAUCCCCAUACACUUUCAUUCAAUGUACAACCUCAAACAGGUCCAACCAAAGACCGUGUUCUGGCACAGCCUCAGGUCAAACCCCCUGUUCAAGCACAACCUCAGGUUAAGCCGCCAUUUAAGACUCCAGUGCCCUACCAGACUCGGACUCAGCCUUCACAACGCCUUCCAGUUCCUCAGCCAUCUACAAUAGCCAGCAACCCCAGUGACCAAACCAAGGCCUCUUCUAGACCUUCCAGUUCAGUGAGUAGUGCAAACUCCACUUUGGAACGAAGUCGACGUGAACCAGACGUGUUGCCCUUGCGCCGUAUUGACUCCAGUGGCCCUGUGCUACAGUCUUCCUCCUCCCGAAAUUCCUCAAUAGGCUCCACCACACCAACCAAGGAAGACCAGUUGGACCAGCUUUAUGCAGAGACUAUCAACCGUCAUGAGAACCGGCGCUACCUCCCUUUCCUGCCUGGCACAGGGCGUGACAUUGAUACUGGUUCCAUCCCAGGUGUGGAUGAGCUCAUCAAGAAGUUUGACAGUAAAGAGACUCAACAACGCAGGGGUCGGUCAGGGCGGAGGAAUCGACUUAACCCAGAAGACCGCAAGCGAUCCCGUAGUGUCGAUAGCGCCUUGCCAUUCAGCCUUGGGGGUGACUCUGACUACUUGGAUGAAGUUAGCCGGAAUCGAGGCAGGUCUACAGAGCAUCUCCUUCGUCCAUCACUGCUCCUGCAGAAGGCCGCUGGAGUGAAGACUUCCCCCAUGUCACCAACUUCCACUGUUGGACCCAGGAUAAACCUAAGAAACAUGACACAAGUUAAAAGUGCUCCAGGCUCUCCUCAGGGCACAGUCUCCAACUCUUCAGCUGCUAUUUUAAGGUACAAGAAUCCCCUGAGUCGUCCCUCUGUAGCACCUGUAGAGAAUAAAAAUGAAGAGGCCAAACCAUCACAGAGUGUGAAGUGCCUGUCAAGUGUGAAAACGGGAUCAAUCUCUCGUCCCGCUGUCAAUGGUAAAACAUCAAGAACCGAAGUGGAUGCUCAGGUGACACCUGAUCUUCUGAAAGGUCAAGAAGAGCUUUCACAACAAACAAAUGAAGAGACUGCCAAGCAGAUAUUAUUCAGUUACCUCAAAGAUGGGAACAAUGAUAACGAUGACACUACCAAGAGAAAGGUCAACCUGGUGUUCGAAAAAAUCCAGACCUUGAAGUCACGGGCCGCUGGGAACGUGCAAGGCGACAACAAAUCUCCAGACCUUGCAGCCCAGGCUAGAGCCCUUCAGGAGCAGAAAGCAGAACUGGAAAAAGAAAUCGCUGAUCUUAAGAAACAGCUUGAGGAUGAAAGCAAGAAGCGCAGUGAUCUGAAUGAGACUCAGCUGAAGGUGGGAGCGGGAGUGAAAGACUUGAGGAGAGAGCUGGACCAGAGUCAAGCCGAGUGCAGCAGACUGCGGGACAAGCUUAGUAAAACAGAGGCUGACCUGCGCACUACAGUGGAGGAACUCUACCAGGUGAAAAUGGAGAAAGAGCAGUACCAGACUGAGAUCCGAGACCUGCAAGACCAGCUCUCAGAGAUGCACGAUGAGCUGGAUGGAGCCAAACAAUCUCAAACAGACAGCACAGACAAAGAGGCCAUGAUGGAGGACUUUAUGCAACUGAAGCUAGACCUCCAGGAGCUGCUUCUAGCCAAAGAGGAGCAGGAAGAGCUGCUGAGGAGGCGUGAGAGGGAGCUGACCGCUCUUAAAGGAGCUCUGAAAGAGGAGGUAGCAACUCACGAUCAGGAGGUGGAUAAACUUAGGGAGCAAUAUGAAAAGGAGAUCCGUAAGCUGCAGAAGGCUGUGGAGGAAGCUAAACAGAACAAUGUUACAGCCAGUAAGGAAAAGGAGGAAGUAGAGGCGGCACAGAAGGCAUCCGAAGGCCAGGCAGGCCGCCUGUCUCAGGAGGUGGAGAGACUGCGCAAGAGGGCACAGGAGCUGGAGAAUGAGGUUGCCAAACUCAACCGCAUCAUUGAUGAAGCCAAGCUGCAGGAGAGCAGGCUCGGGGAGCGAGCUGUCCGUCGGGAGAAAGAGAAAAGGCAGUUGGAGGAGUCUCUUGCUGAGAUCAGGGAACAGGAAGAGGAAAUGACCCGUGCAAACCGGGCUCUUAGCACUCGCCUAGAGGAUGUGCAGAGAAACUUGACCACAUUGACUCAAGAGCACCAUGAGCUGCAGGAGCGACUAAAGGAGGAGAGGAGUCAGAAAGAGCAGUUUAAGAACACCAAGAAUGAGAUUGAAGAUGAGAGGAGGCUGCUGGACCGAACUAUGGAGAAACUGCAAUGGGAGAUGAAUGAGAUAGUGGAGGCGUCUCAGAGCUCAACUCAGGAGCUGCAGGAGCAGAUAGACAUGUAUAAGGACAAGAACCGGAGGGAAAUGGCAGAGCUGCAGAAACAGCUGAGAGAGGGAGGACUGGAGCUGGAGAAAUCACGUCUUGCCGCCAAGACCCUUCAGGAGGAGCUGGCUCGUGUGCAUGAGGAUCUGCGGCAGUCUCAGAAAGACAGAGAUGAAGCGCUGCAGAGAGUGAAGGACCUGGAGCAGAAGGUUUUUGAACUAGAGGUCGAGACUGAGACCAAAACCCAUUCAAAUGACAAAACCAGACAAGUCAAACUCUUGGAGGACCGUCUGUCUGCGGUACAGAUGGAGAUGGAGGAGGAGAGACAGAAUGGAGACUUGCUGUUGGAGAGAAUAGACAGGGGAAGAGAACAGUUGGAGCAGAUGAGGAAUGAGCUGAUGCAGGAAAGAGCCAGCAGACAGGAUGUGGAGUGUGACAAGAUGUCUCUGGAGAGACAGAAUAAGGAUCUGAAGAGCAGGAUUGCAUAUCUGGAGGGAUCUCACAAGCCUAGUAAAGAGGGAUUGGUGCCCCAGCUGGAGAACCGUAUCCAGGAACUGGAGGAAAGACUGGAAGCAGAGGAGAGGGAACGUGGUAACCUGCAGCUGGUGAAUCGUCGACUAGAGCGCAAAGUGAAGGAAACGAUGAUGCAAGUGGAUGAAGAGCAUCAUUCACUGCAGGAUCAGAAAGAUCAGCUGAACCUGCGUCUGAAGGCUCUGAAGAGGCAGAUGGAUGAGGCGGAGGAGGAGAUCGACCGACUGGAACACAACAAGAAGAAACUGCAGAGAGACCUGGAGGAGCAGCAGGAGGCCAACGAACAACUCCAGAGUCAGCUCAAAGCACUGCGCAGUGAGAUGAGGCGUAAGAGCAACUGUUUCCAUAAUAAUGAGUUAGGAGACAAGUUGAAGUAUUUUAUGUCUAUACAGAGAGCAUCUGAGACUAAAGUAGCCACCCGGGACAUUGGAGUUGGCUGUGACCUCCCCAUUAGAUCUGAGGAGCUGCCGGAUAUCACUCCUGUCCAACCCAGCCCCAUCUCAUCAGCCCCAAGAUCCUCUAGCAGACUGAACUAUAGUCUUCUUAAAUACACUCCUGGUCAGUACAGCACAAUGCUGAGCUCCAGUGUAGUACAUACACAAGAAACUGCAACCAGUCCCACACAAACGGCACCUCUGUCUUCAAGUUAUGUUCAGACCAGCCAUGAAGACGGGGACUCCAAAUCUCCAACAGGCUCAGAACUGUCCUCUACCACCAGUCCUAGAGCGAGAACCAGCCCGUCACAGAUCUACACUCCUUUUAUGAAGCUGAUGGAGAUGAGCUCUAAAAUGAACAUUGACUGA